AUGCCCAAGCUCAAAUACAAGAAGCACGACCACGAUGACCGCAAAAAGAAGUCCAAAAAGAAACACCACCGAUCUCGAUCACCCAAGAAACAUAGACGACAUCGUCAUCGAUACUACUCGCCACCCAAGAUCUACAAUGAGGAGCCUGGAUGGAUUCCAAUGCAUGACCAGCACAAUGAGGAAGACGAGUGGCGACAAAGACUAUUCGAAGCCAUGGCAGACGACGAGGGCCAUGAUCCAUUCUAUGCACAGUAUGACAACUACCAUGUGGAUCAAGUCCAUACAAUGAAUGAUGAAGAGUAUCGAGAGCAUAUUGCAGAAGGCAUGUAUCGAAGACAAAACGCCGAAGCUAUUGCACAUGAAGAAAGGCGACAAGCUGAACGAGAACGGCGUGAACGAGAGCGUGAAGAAGCUCAAGAACGAAUGCGUCAAGAACAUGCACGCAUGGUGGAAGAACAAAAGCGACAAGAAGCCAUGUUACGACGUCGAACAGCAGUGGAUAGCAGAAAACAGUAUGAGCUCAAGUGGACACAUAUCGAGACAGCAUCCACUAUCCUCUCGAAAAAGGAGAUACCAUGGCCCGUGUGCCCAGGCACUUCAUUAUCAGCUGAACAUGUCAAGGAGUUUGUGUUGGCAUCAGCAAAGACGCCCGAUGAGACGCGGAAAAUGGUGCGCAAGGAACAAUUACGUUAUCAUCCUGAUAAAUUUGUCCAUCGCGUCCUCAACAAGUUUCAAGGCACUGACAAGGAAAAGACUCGUCUUCAUGAAAAGGCUAAUGAGGUUUCUGGAUGGCUUAAUGAAAUAUGGCAAGAAUUAGCUGCUGGUAGAUGA